CCAGGGUGCAGCGUGUGCUUGUUUUACCUCGCAUCAAUUGGUGGCAAUAAAUGAAGAGGAAAAGGCGCCGAGCGCGUGUGUGUUCUCCUGAGAAGCUCAGAGAAACUUCAAGGCACGUCGCGGCCUCCAGACACGUUUUAUUAGAUUAAAUCGAAGACUUUUGAGCUGCCAUGCCUGCGAAAAAAGCUACAAAGAGAAGAAAAGAAAAUGAGACUGAGGACCCUUCACAGAAAAAAGUGAAAGUCUCUCACAGGAGUCACGGUCAGGAGAAGGGACUGGUCCUGGUUCUUGGGCAGGGAGAUGUGGGCCAGCUAGGUCUGGGUGAGGAUGUGCUUGAAAGGAAGAAGCCUGCUUUGGUGACACUUCCAGAGGGCAUUGUGCAGGCUGUUGCAGGGGGCAUGCACACAGUGUGCCUCAGUGACACUGGAAAUAUCUACACAUUUGGCUGCAAUGACGAGGGGGCUCUGGGCAGGGAUACCUCAGAGGAGGGUUCUGAGAUGGUGCCAGGAAAGGUGGAGUUAGCAGAGAAGGUGGUACAAGUCAGUGCAGGUGAUAGCCACACUGCUGCUCUCACAGAGGAUGGAUCAGUCUUUAUCUGGGGAUCCUUUCGGGAUAACAACGGUAUCAUUGGCCUCCUUGAGCCGAUGAAAAAAUGUACCUUGCCCGUCAAAGUCCCCAUAGACACUCCUGUGGCAAAAAUAGUUUCAGGAAAUGACCACCUAGUAAUGCUCACUGUGAAUGGCUCUCUCGUCACUUCUGGCUGUGGAGAGCAGGGCCAACUGGGAAGAGUACCGGAGUGCUUUGCCAACCGAGGGGGAAGAAAGGGUUUGAUGAGGUUACUGGAGCCACAGAUGGUUAUGGUGAAGCCUCGUGGGAAGGUCCAGUUUACUGAUGUCUUCUGUGGGGCAUACUUCACGUUUGCCAUAUCUAAAGAUGGUCAUGUCUAUGGCUUUGGACUCUCUAACUAUCACCAGCUGGGUACCUCAAGCACAAACACAUGCUUUGUUCCGGUAAAGCUCACUGCCUUCAAAAAUUCCACAACCUCCUGGGUCGGCUUCUCUGGUGGACAACACCAUACUGUCUGCUUGGACUCUGAAGGGCAGGUUUACAGCCUUGGUCGUGCUGAAUAUGGGCGCUUGGGCCUGGGAGAAACUGUGACAGAAAGGAGUGAGCCAACAUCGGUUAGAGGAAUCACCAGGGCCUGUAUGGUAGCAUGUGGAGCAUCUGUGAGCUAUGCAGUCACUAAAGAAGGUUCUAUAUAUGCAUGGGGCAUGGGCACCAACAUGCAGCUCGGCACCGGAGAUGAAGAGGAUGUUUGGAGCCCAGUUGAAAUGGUGGGCAAGCAGCUGGAGAACAGGGUUGUUCUUUCGGUCUCCAGUGGAGGGCAGCAUACGGUCUUACUGGUCAAAGACAAGCAAGAGAGCUGAUAUUAAACCCAGAUGCUGAAAGCUGAGCUGUACUACUGUUCUGGUGGUAACUCUAAAACUAGACCUUAAUCUGGAUGCUGGGGAUAAUCUGGGGUUUAUACUGCCUGUACUGUGCUAAGUUUAUUGGUUAGGAAAGAUUGGAGAUGUGUCAAGAGGUAAAGAUAGGUGGGUCUCAUCUGAUUAAACAUUUCUCCCACUUUGUGGUGAGCUUAAGCAUUUGCUGGGUGUACUCCAGUGGAUCAUGAUGAUAAAAGAAAUUAUUUUUUUUUUAAUUUUGAAAAACUUUUGCUUUUUCUUAAUUCUUUUUAAUGCGUAUCAGUAGUAAGAUUGCCAGCUGUGAGUGAGCAUAUGUAUGUAAUGUAUUGAAAGUUUAGUGUUUUUAGGAAGGUUCCCUGCAAAGGGAUUUUAAAAGUUAAUAUUUUUGCCCAGAGCAAUACAUAUGGACCGUGGCUGCAGCUGCAAUGUGUUCUUUACAUUUUUACUGGAAAAGAAAUUUGUUUGGUAUUGCUGUCAUUUGCAGUAUUCAAUUGUUUUCCUUAAGAAGCAAAUACCGGUUGUUGAUUGCAUCCAUGAUGUGCUUGCCCUGUGGGAAGUGUAAUAAAAACUGAAAUCUUUA